AUGGCGGCCGAGACCACCGGUACUACAACGCAGUGUGUAGAUGCGCCCGACUACCACUCGCUCAAAUUCGAACACAUGAGCAGGAUAUCUAGUCUUGCGGAAGGACAUGUUUACGCGCCCAGAUACUUUCCCGGUAUCCGACCGCAAACCAUAAUCUCUGAUACCGAUGAAGUAUUGUCGAGACUGCAGCGUGGUUUUGAACUCGCCCCUCCGUUCUCUACUAUCCUUACGGUGGUAGACCACGAGCACCUGACAAUGCUAAGUGUCUUUUUCCGCUACUGUCUCUCGGUGCAAGGCCAUGCUACAGCGACGGAGAAUUUCCAGUACAACUUUUGGUUAUGGUUCGAGAAACUCUGUCGCCAUGUCGCCAGCCAAAGUACACCGGAUAGCCCGCCAGAACACGUUGAUGUCGCUGCAUCGCCGAAGGCUGAGAAGAAGCCGGAUAGUUUUUGCAGCCAAGUUGAAUCGGAUGAUCGAGCACAUGAAAACAAAACUACGGUUUUGGAGAUUGAGGAGAUAGAGGAAGUUGCAAGCAACCAUAGUUUCCAUGGAGAACUGGAAACAAUGCGGAAGGAAGUUGAGAAAUACAAGUUGGCUUAUGAAGAGCAAAGCAAAAAGGUCGAAGAGGAGAAGUCGUGGUUGCACAAAUUGCGUCUCGCGCAUGUGAACUCCGAAGCCAUGCUUAGAGAACGUCAGAAAGAGGCAGAGGAGUGA